AUGUGCAGCAGAGGCCAGGGGCGUGACCUCGUCUCCUCCUCUGUACGCUUGCGCGCUGCUUUCUCCGCCCACCGCUCUAAGCGGAACGGUGAGUGGGUUUCCACACAGCGCCUCUUGCCGGAGCGCUCGGGAAUUCACGCAUGCGCCUUACACUGAGAGGAUUCGCACGUUGCCAGCAGCGAGCUCUAGGCGGCGUCAUCCCUCCGGCCGGGACGAAGCACGCACGCGCGGAGGUUCGCACGCGGGAAGGGCGGGUGUGCACCGCGAGCAUGCGCCCUGCGGAGCGAGACGGCGGCUCGGCGGGGUCAUCCGAGCGCAGGCGCAGUGCGGUGUUUGUCUGCGGGACUGACGGGCGGCCGGGCGGUGCGCGGCGGCGGCGGGGAAGAUGGCGGCGUCCUCCCUGGAGCAGAAGCUGUCCCGCCUGGAAGCAAAGCUGAAGCAGGAGAACCGCGAGGCCCGGCGGAGGAUCGACCUCAACCUGGAUAUCAGCCCCCAGCGGCCCAGGCCCAUUAUUGUGAUCACUCUAAGCCCUGCUCCUGCCCCGUCCCAACGAGCAGCCCUGCAGCUCCCACUGGCCAAUGAUGGGGGCAGCCGCUCACCGUCCUCCGAGAGCUCCCCGCAGCACCCCACGCCCCCAGCCCGGCCCCGCCACAUGCUGGGGCUCCCGUCAACCUUGUUCACACCCCGCAGCAUGGAGAGCAUCGAGAUUGACCAGAAGCUGCAGGAGAUCAUGAAGCAGACGGGCUACCUGACCAUUGGGGGCCAGCGCUACCAGGCGGAAAUCAACGACCUGGAGAACCUGGGGGAGAUGGGCAGCGGCACCUGUGGCCAGGUGUGGAAGAUGCGUUUCCGGAAGACGGGGCACGUCAUCGCUGUCAAGCAAAUGCGGCGCUCGGGGAACAAGGAAGAGAACAAGCGGAUCCUCAUGGACCUGGACGUGGUGCUCAAGAGCCACGACUGCCCCUACAUUGUGCAGUGCUUCGGGACCUUCAUCACCAACACGGACGUCUUCAUUGCCAUGGAGCUCAUGGGCACGUGCGCCGAGAAGCUCAAGAAGCGGAUGCAGGGCCCUAUCCCUGAGCGGAUCCUGGGCAAGAUGACGGUGGCGAUCGUGAAGGCACUCUACUACCUGAAGGAGAAGCACGGCGUGAUCCACCGGGACGUCAAGCCCUCCAACAUCCUGCUGGAUGAGCGGGGCCAGAUCAAGCUCUGCGACUUCGGCAUCAGCGGCCGCCUCGUUGACUCCAAAGCCAAAACGCGGAGCGCAGGUUGCGCUGCCUACAUGGCACCUGAGCGCAUCGACCCCCCGGACCCCACCAAGCCCGACUACGACAUCCGGGCCGAUGUGUGGAGCCUGGGCAUCUCCUUGGUGGAGCUGGCGACGGGACAGUUUCCCUACAAGAACUGCAAGACGGACUUUGAGGUCCUCACCAAAGUCCUACAGGAAGAACCCCCGCUCCUGCCCGGUCACAUGGGCUUCUCGGGGGACUUUCAGUCCUUCGUCAAAGACUGCCUUACUAAAGAUCACAGGAAGAGACCAAAGUAUAAUAAGCUACUUGAACACAGCUUCAUCAAGCGCUACGAGACGCUGGAGGUGGACGUGGCAUCCUGGUUCAAGGAUGUCAUGGCGAAGACCGAGUCGCCGCGGGCGAGCGGGGUCCUGAGCCAGCACCACCUGCCCUUCUUCAGCCAUGGACAGAUGGGCCCACCAGGCCCCAGCCCUUCCCGUCCCAGGAUCAGCCGGCUGUGCGCAUCCCCCCCGACAGACACUGUGAACGGAAGACAGCAGGCCGCGAGCAGACUCGCUAUUUAUUCAGUUGUAACCUCUGGGCUGGGGCGGCCCCCGGGGGCCGGGAGAGAGCCGCCCGUCCUGUCCCCUCCCCUCCACACCGCGCUGUCCCACUGCCGCCUCGCACGCACAUGCACCCUGGCUCCGUCUCCCUCUCUCUGUCCCCUCCCUCUCUACCUCUCUGGCUUUCCCUGUCUCCCUCCCUGCCUCUGCCUCUCUCCUGGCCCAGGCCCUGCCACCCCCGGCGGGACCCCUGGGUCCGUUUAGGUCUCCGGCAAGCCAUGAGUCAGUUGGCUGGCGUCCUUGCCCUGGGCAGGCGGGCUGGACGUUGUGACUGCAGCCAGACCCGGGCUGGUCUCUCUCUCUUUCUCUUUUUGAUCUCAGGGGGUCCUUUUUGGAGUUUAUCGUAUUUUAUUGUACUUGGUGGGGUGUUUGGGGGGGUGGGGGGAGGAGAAGAGCUUGUUCUCAUGGGGUUUGUCGGUACCUUCAGAAACUUUUACCAAAGUCAUGUUUAGCUGCUUGUGGUGGCAGCCCCCCGAUGGCCCACGGGCGCUGGGGGGCUGGGGGCCGAGCCGUGGGGCCUGGGCCACCCCGCUGGGGAGAGACUAGUCCCAAAGGUGGGCUCUGGGGGGGCGGGGUGCCCCUCCCUCGGGGCUGGAGACUGGCCACAGCUUGUAGGGGUGAGUUGAGGACCUCGGGGGGUGUGGAGGGAGCCCAAGGGGCCGUGGCCACACAGGGUGGCCUUCAGGGAAGGCAGGCGUGGGGCAUGGUGGAGGGCAGCAGGUGCCGGUGAGGCAGAGGCGGAGGAGGGAAUGGGUGACAGGAGCGGGGGCCAUAGGGCCCGGGGAGGCAGGGAUUGAGGGUGUGUGGAGUGGACGUGGGGGUCUGAGGAUGUGUGACAGGGACAGAGGUGGGGCAGGCCGAGGGCUGGGCGUGUGGAGGCAGUCACGCCCUCGUAGUGGCCUUGAGCGCCCCUCGACUCACCCAGAGCUGGCCAGUCCCCAGCCCACGCUGAGGCCCGGGCCCUGGGGAGCAGCCAGAGCAGGAGGGGGCGUGUUUCCUUUUUGUUGGUGACGCGUGCAGAUCAAGCGGACAACGAAACAACAGAACAACAAAAAAAGAAAAACAAAAGAAAACUCCAGAAAAACCACAAAAAGCAACCAACACCAAAGGUGAGGAAGGUCGCUGGAUGUAGCUGAAGCAAUCUAGACUAGGCAUCACUGUACCCUCCAUCUAUCUCACUGACUGUAGUUGCUACUAGGAUAGUCACAAAACGCCGCAUGUUUUAAAAAGUACUCGAAGUCAUCUUUUCUCUGCCCCCCCUCGGGGGAGGCCACCUUCUCUCGCUCCAAUCCCCUUUGUGAGGGGAGGGGGCAGGGUGCGGGGCCAGUAGGCCUGGCCCCCGCCCUCCCUCAUGGGCCCCAGCCACAGGGGCCUUUGUGGGUAGCCGGGAAGGUUGCGUGGCUGGCCCCAAGGGCCAGCUGCCUGAGUUUUUAUUUAACUUUAUUUUCUGUUUUGUGAGUGUGUAUGUCGGCCCGUUCCCCCUCCCCGCCUUCCGUGUUAAAUGGGAGCCUCUCCUUCCCCCCUGCCUUUUCCAUGUCUCCCCGCCCCCCACCCCAGUCACCAGUCACCAGCCAUCCCUCUCCAUCAGGCAGAGGGUGAAGUGGGCAGGUGGGGGCCUGGGGCGGCCUGGGCCCAGCCCAUGGUCCACAACCCCUUCUCAGGCCGCCAGUACUGCCCCAUCCCUUUUUAAAACAAAACGCCCUCGUUUGUAAAUCCUUAGACGCUUGAGAAUAAAACCCCUCCCUUUU